AUGGAAGAAGUGAUUUGGCCCAGCAGCCUUCAGAGUCUUUCGUAUGGUCACACAUUCAACCAGAGAUUGCAUGGAGUGACUUGGCCUAUUAGCCUCCAGAGCAUUUCUUUUGGCAAUGAUUUCAACCAAAGCCUGCAGGGAGUGACUUGGCCCAGUAGCCUCCGGUGCCUUUCAUUCGCCGAUGGUUUGAACCAGACCCUUGAGGGAGUCACUUGGCCCAGUAGUCUCCAGAGGCUUUCACUCAGCUCUCGGUUCAGCCAAAGCUUGGCGACGGUGGAGUGGCCCAGCAGCCUUCAAAGCCUUUCGUUUACUUCGCAUGGUGGUCAGGGAAGCUCUUUGCAGGUCAAGGAGGUCGGAGCGGUUCUUCCCAGAGGGUUGCGAAGUUUAGACUUUUGGUGCAACGAUGAUGAGCUCUUGUCGAUCUCCUUCGAAGGAUUAACACCGGCGACCUCGGCCACCUAG